AUGCAACGCAAUCUAUUGUUUUUACAACAGCAACAACAGCAGCAACAAGCAUUGGCUCGUCAAGCGCAACAACAAAGAGCUGCUGCUACUAUGGCUGCUUCUGGAGGUCAGGUAAAUCCGUUGGCAGAUCCAAUAAAUACACUAUGGGCUCAACAACAACAACAACAGAGAUUAGCACAACAGCCUAAUGUAUUACUACAGCAACAGCUUCAAUUAGAAAAUGACAAUAGAAUCAAGCAACAAAAGUUUUUGCAACAACAACAACAACAACAACAACAACAACAACAACAACAACAACAACAACUGACAUCCAUGUAUAAUGUGACACAAAAAGAGACGCCAUCACAGCCACCACCACCACCACCACCACUUUUUCAGAGACCAUCAUCAAGUACACCAUCGACUGUACAGCCUCUCAUCUUCCCUGCACAUGCCAUUAAUGUCAAGACAAUGCUAGAGCAAAAGAACCUGGAUCUUUACGAGGGCCGUGAUCAGCAUUAUCAACGUACGUUGGACAUGCAACACAAGAGACACAUGGAACUAGCACAAUCAAAAAAGCACGAAAUUGACUUGGCCAACAACGAGCGUAGACUUAGAUCACAAAGCCGUGGCAUUUUGGCAUUUGGGAAGGGUUAUAACGGAUAUGGUAAUGGCAGAACAAGUGACAGUAAUCAAGGCAAAGUGCUGUUUCCUGCAGCCAAGAAGCGCAAAAGAUUCCACCACACAACAGCUGUCAAACUGUCCUACCAGCAAUGCUUGGAACAGGCCAACAAGGAAGAGAUGCUGGUGCCCAUUCGUUUGGAUUUAGAAAGCGAUGGCUACAAAGUCAGAGACACAUUUACAUGGAACAUGAACGAAUCAUCGAUUACACCUGAGCAGUUUGCAGACAUCACUUGCGAGGAUUUGCGUCUACCAUCCACUAUAUUUUCCUCUCUCAUUUCAGCGAGUAUCAAGGAACAGAUUCAAGAGUACUUUUUGAACGCCUCGAGUAUGAUUAGCGAUGACCAACAAGACCAAGCUUUGAAUCCUUACGACGAAUUCAUGCAGUGCAAAAAGCGAAAGACGGCCUGGAUACCAACGAAGGAUCAUAUCAAAGAUAAUGACAGGGUGGAAUUGAGAACGCUGAUUCGACUGGACAUCAUUGUUGGCAACAGGAUUCUCAACGAUCAGUUUGAAUGGGUCAUUACGUGUGAAAAGAACUCGCCAGAGUCAUUUGCAGAGACCAUGGCUACGGAUUUGGGGUUGGGUGGUGAAUUCAAAACUGCGAUUGCUCACUCCAUCCGAGAACAAGUGUAUGUGUUUAUUAAAUCGCUGCUACUAACAGGAUACGAGUUUGGUGAUGGACCCGUGGAAAAUGAAGACUUACGACGCAGCUUUCUGCCAGUCAUCCGCAACGCAGUUAGGGAUUGUCGUCUGGUAGAGCGAUUUACGCCAUCGCUGAUAGAAGCGACAGAUGCCGAAAUUGCAAAGAUUGAAAAAGGCAGAACCAGGGAGUCCAGAAGAAAGAGACGAGGCGUACGUAACAGAAGGGGGGUAGCAGCAACAUUGCCAGAUCGUGAGCCUGUGCCUACGUAUCGCACCGUCUUUGCUUCACCACCAGAACACGAAAUGACAGACGACCAGUUUUUAAAGAGCAUGCAAACCACGCAAGAUACGACACCAUCUUUGCAUAGCCAAAGACGAAGUGCCAUGAAGGCUCGCAUGAAUAUCGCAGCAGAAGCCGCUGGUGUCUCGUUGACUUCAGGUCAGUUGGUGGCCAAUGCUGAUGACAAUGUAUCCGCCGUUGAUCAAAUGACACAUCCUGUUGCGAGCAAAAUAAUGGAUGCUUCAUGGAGAUGUACUGAUUGCAACUGUUCACCAUUUAUGACGACCAUCAUUCGCGCUGGACCAGCGGGUGAUAGAACGCUCUGUAAUGCCUGUGGACUAUAUAGAUAUAAAUUCAGUAGUAUUCGCCCUCAAAAUUACAUGGACAAAGAGAUUAAGAAUGAUAUACCACAUCUCAAUGACUGGCAAAACUACAUGGCAAAAUAUAGAGCGUAA